AUGGGAGAGAAGACCGAAGCCCAGCCCGGGCACGUCCAGCCCCUCUCCCAACCCGCUCACACUCUCACGUACGAGGCCAUCCUCAAUGAGCUCAAGGUAGACCCCGAGGAGGGCCUGACCACCGCCGAGGCGAAGAAGCGCCUCGGAGAGUUCGGACCCAAUGAACUGGAAGGUGGUGAGGGCGUGUCUCUUGUCAAAAUCGUUAUUAGACAGAUUGCCAAUGCAAUGAUGCUGGUCCUCAUUAUUGCAAUGGCUGUCAGUUUCGGUAUCCAGUCUUGGAUCGAAGGUGGUGUUAUCGCAGCCGUUAUUGGACUCAAUAUCGUGGUGGGUGUGUAUCAGGAUUAUGCCGCGGAGAAGACAAUGGACUCCCUCCGCUCUCUGAGUUCGCCCACUGGUGUCGCUACGCGCGACGGUAAAACAAACACCAUUCCCGCUGUCGAAAUCGUUCCCGGAGACAUGAUUGAACUGAAAGUCGGCGACACUGUCCCGGCAGAUGUUAGACUUGUCGAUGCCAUGAACUUUGAAACCGACGAGGCUCUGUUGACCGGAGAGUCGCUCCCAGUACAGAAAGAGGUCGAUGUCACCUUUGACCAUGAUACCGGACCUGGAGAUCGCCUGAACAUUGCAUACAGCUCCUCAACCGUUACCCGCGGACGCGCUCGUGGAGUUGUCGUUGGCACUGGAAUGAAGACCGAGAUUGGUGCUAUUGCUGCAGCCCUCCGUGCGGGUGACUCUAAGAGACGCCCCGUCAAGCGUGGUCCCGAAGGCGAGACCAAGAAGCGCUGGUAUGUGCAAGCUUGGACUUUGACCUGCACCGACGCUGUUGGUCGAUUCUUGGGUAUUAAUGUCGGAACCCCCUUGCAACGCAAGCUUUCCAAGCUCGCCCUGCUUCUCUUUGGUAUCGCUGUUGUGUUCGCGAUUAUCGUCAUGGCUGUCAACGAUUUCAGCAGCGAAAAGGAGGUCAUUAUUUAUGCAGUUGCCACUGGUCUUGCGAUGAUUCCAGCUUGCUUGGUUGUGGUGUUGACUAUUACCAUGGCGGUGGGAACAAAGCAAAUGGUUGAAAGACAUGUCAUUGUCCGACGUCUUGACUCCCUCGAAGCUCUUGGGGCUGUGACUAACAUCUGCUCAGACAAGACUGGAACGCUCACCCAAGGAAAGAUGGUCGUUAAGAGGGCGUGGAUUCCAUCUCUGGGAACGUAUUCGGUCGGGGCCACCAAUGAUGCAUCGAACCCUACUGAGGGUGACGUUAGCCUCUUGCCCGAUGCCCCUAUGAAGCUCCACCGUGAUAUGCAGGGUGACCCUGCGAACCCCCAGGACCUGAUCAAGGACAACAAGGUUCUGGAGGACUAUCUUAACGUCGCUUCCAUGGCAAACCUCGCCCACGUGCACCAGUCUGAAAACAACGAAUGGCAAACUCGUGGAGAGCCAACCGAUAUCGCGAUUCAGGUCUUCGCAACUCGCUUUAACUGGGGCCGCGAACGCUGGACAAAGGGUGAGAACGCCAUCUGGAAACAGAAGGCUGAGUACCCCUUUGACUCGACUGUGAAGAAGAUGUCGGUGAUCUUUGCCCGCGACGGAGGCUCCGAGAAGGGUGGCCGCCAAAUGGUCUUCACCAAGGGUGCUGUGGAACGCGUCCUCGAAUCUUGCACAUCUGUCAUAUGGACUGCCGGCGAAGCCCCUACUGCCUUAAACGAUGACCUCAAGAAUGAAAUCCUCCAGAAUAUGGAAGCCCUCGCCAAGGAAGGUCUCCGGGUUCUGUGCCUCGCAUGCCGCGAGGACCACAGCACAUUCGCUGAAGGUGAAGAGAUUCCCUCCCGUGACACUGUCGAGAAGGACCUCGUUUUCUGCGGUUUGAUCGGUCUUUACGACCCCCCUCGUCCGGAGACUGCUGGUGCUAUCGAAGAGUGUUACCGCGCUGGAAUUUCCGUCCAUAUGGUUACUGGUGAUCACCCUGGUACAGCGAGAGCCAUCGCAGCCCAGGUUGGAAUUAUCCCUGCCAACAUGAAUGAAGUUGCCAAGGACGUCGCAGACGCAAUGGUCAUGACUGCCAGCCAAUUUGACAAACUGACCGACGACGAGAUUGAUGCUCUGCCCACACUUCCCCUAGUGAUCGCUCGAUGCGCACCAAACACCAAGGUUCGAAUGAUUGAUGCUCUUCACCGACGCGGCCGCUACGCUGCCAUGACGGGAGACGGUGUCAACGACUCUCCCUCCUUGAAGCGGGCAGAUGUUGGAAUUGCAAUGGGAGAGGCAGGAUCUGAUGUGGCUAAGGAUGCUUCUGAGCUUGUCUUGACUGAUGACAACUUUGCCUCAAUUAUCAACGGUAUUGAGGAGGGCCGCCGUAUCUUUGAUAACAUUCAGAAAUUCGUCCUGCACCUUCUCGCGGAAAACGUUGGUCUUGCGCUCACCCUCCUCAUCGGUCUCGUCUUCAAGGAUGAAAACGGGCAGUCCGUCUUCCCCAUUGCGCCUGUUGAGAUUCUGUGGAUCAUUAUGAUUACCUCUGGUAUGCCUGAUAUGGGAUUGGGAAUGGAGAUUGCCGCUCCAGAUAUCAUGGACCGACCCCCGCAAAGCAAACAAGGUAUCUUCACAUGGGAAAUCAUCGUCGACACGAUCGUGUACGGAGUCUGGAUGGCCGCCCUCUGUCUUUCUGCCUUCUCGCUCGUCCUGUACGUCUGGGGCGAUGGAAACCUCGCAUCCGGUUGCAACGCCAACUACAGCGCUGAGUGUGACACCGUGUUCCGUGCCCGCGCCACUACUUUCGUCUGCAUGACAUGGUUCGCCCUAUUCCUCGCCUGGGAGAUGAUCAACAUGCGCCGUAGUUUCUUCCGCAUGCAGCCUGGCUCCAAGAGGUACUUCACCCAGUGGAUGCAUGACGUCUGGCGCAACAAGUUCCUCUUCUGCGGUGUUAUGCUUGGUUUCGUUACGACUUUCCCUGCGCUCUACAUCCCUGUCAUCAAUGAUGUCGUUUUCAAGCACACUGGAAUCUCCUGGGAAUGGGGUGUCGUUAUCGUGGAGGCCAUUCUCUUCUUCGCCGGCGUGGAGCUCUGGAAGUGGUGUAAGCGCAUCUACUUCCGACGCGAGUCUGUCCGUAACAAGGACACUGGCAAUGUCUACCGUGGCCCCCAAGAUUUCAGCCGGUACACCACCAUGAGCCGCAGUGACACUCAGGCAACUGGUGACAUGAAGGUGGAAGGAUCCAUGGUUUGA